AUGCCCGCCACUACCAGCUGGCAAAGCCUCGCCGCUCUCCACCGCGAGAAGCAAGUCGAAGCCGUCCCCAAAGAAUGGCUUCUCUCCGAUAAACAACUUCAGACUGGUGAUCGCUUGAUAGAGUCUAAGGUUGUGCAAAAGUCUGGUCUUCUUUCUGAAAAGGAGAUUGAUAUUACCGAGCGGUAUAAUGCUUCUGAGUUAUUGAGGAAGAUUCAUCGUCAGGAAAUUUCUUCUGAGGAUGUUGUUGUUGCGUUUUGCAAGCGCGCUAGUCUUGCUCAGCAAUAUACUUCAUGUCUGACGGAGAUCUUCUUUGAGGAGGGCAUUCAAAGAGCGAAGCAACUUGAUAAGCAGUUGAAAGAAACUGGCAAGCUGGCAGGUCCUCUACAUGGAUUGCCCAUCAGUCUCAAGGAUUCAUAUGCCGUCAAAGGUCAUCAUGCGACUGUUGGAUAUAUCGAGUUCCUCCGACAACCCAUCCCAGAUAGCAACGCUGCACUAGUCGACCUUCUUCUCGACGCUGGAGCGGUUUUGUACUGCAAGACUAAUCUUCCCCAAACUAUGAUGACUGCAGACUCAGAAAACAACCUCUUUGGCCGCACUCUAAACCCUCACAACACCACCCUAACAGCAGGCGGUUCAACAGGUGGCGAAGGAGCCCUGAUCGCCUUCAGAGGCUCCCCCCUCGGCGUCGGAAGCGACAUCGCAGGCUCAAUCCGCAUUCCCUCUCUAUGCUGCGGUAUCUACGGUUUUAAGCCCACAGCAGACCGCGUUCCCUUCGGCGGUCAAUCAGAAUACCCCUUUCCCAAGAUCCACCUUCCUGGUGUGAUGCCAGUUGCUGGACCCAUGGGAAGUUCAGUUGAGGAUCUGCAGAUGUUUAUGAAAGUCACUAUGGCUCAACGGCCAUGGAAAUAUGACUCUUCUGUUGCGGAUAUUCCUUGGAGAGAUCUUACGGCUGAUAAGAGAUUGGUUAUCGGAGUUAUGGCUGAAGAUCCAGACUAUCCACUUCAUCCUCCUGUAAAACGCGCUCUGUCUAAAGCUGCAGCCGCCCUCGAGAAGGCCGGCCACAAAAUCGUCCAACUCCCAGCCUCUCCCCAGCGCAACGCCGGUCAUGGCGCAAGAAUCGGCUUCCAGUACUUUAUGAUGACCGGUCCCGACCCCGACACCAUCUCCCGCGAAGUCGGCGAACCACUCGUCGCUUCAGUGGCGCGAAUGGUACAUCCCUUCUCCAAGGGAGAAUUCCCCGUCAGCCAGGGCCUCGACGUACCUGACCGCCUGUUCGCUUUGAAUGAGAUCAAGGCAGAGUAUGGAAAGGCGUGGAUGGAGGCUUGGAGGGAUAACGAGUUGGAUGUUGUUCUUGCGCCUGGAGCGGCGCAUACAGCUGUUCCUCAUGAUACGUAUGGCAAUCCGGUCUAUACGUUGAUGUGGAAUGUUUUGGACUACCCUGCUGGAAUUAUUCCCUUUGGCACUUCGUCCAAGUUUGAAGAUGAGGAAGGUGUCAAGGCUACGGCACCCUUUGAGCCCGAUUAUGCCCCAGAAGCUACCGACGGAGCGCCGUGCGCUAUCCAGAUUGUGGCGCCUCGUUUCAGAGAUGAAGAGUGUUUGCAAGCUAUGCAAAUCAUCGACAAGGACAUCAGAUUGUCUAGGGCACCGAAGCUAUAG